GCAAGAAGUGCGUGCGAUGUUAGAGGAAGCAAUUUUAGCCUCUCAAUGUUCGGUAUUACUUUCGGUACCAGCGCGAUCUUGAAAUUCAAAUAACUGCCAAGUGAUUUCAGUGGUCAGUGAAAUGGUUUCGGAAAUGAAAAUCAUAUUUUUUCUAAUAUCGAUAAUUUCGACCGUCACCGUAUACUGUCACACUGGAUGCUCCCCUGUAUAUGGAAGCGAACCCUGUGCGUUCCUGCCAGCACCUCCUGGUAAAACACCAUCUUGUGCCCUUCAUGGAUUAACGUAUUGCGAACAUCCGGAUCAUUACCCCGGGCGACUCGAGAACAACUACCAAAGACUGAAGCGAUCUCUGAAAUACAAGCGAUCCCAAGUUUCCAUUCAAGAACGGUUCGAAGAUGGUCGUCACUCGAACAGCACCUCUUCGAGAAUCAAACGACAAAGCCCAAAUCGAAGCGAAACUUUAUGCAGGACUCGAUCCCAGUACAUCAUGCCCCGGGCUGCCCUUAACAACAAGGGAAACUGGAUGUACGUCGUCAAUAUGCCCGAAGUGGACAAUCAGUACACCCAGCUGGUCAAAAGUGAAACAUGUGUGUCCGAAGUUUGCAGUGGUAUCUGCAGCCUACCUCAAGGGUACUCUUCAAGAUGUGAACAGAAAUACAUACAGAAGAGACUCGUGGCACUUGAAGAAGGAGGAAAUCAGUUAUAUACGGAUCUGUUUUGGAUUCCCAGUUGCUGUGUAUGCACGAUUUCUAGUGGAUGAGAUAAGUAAUGAAUCCAAGUUAGGAAAUGUUUGAGUUAGAAAUUUGAAAAAAGUAUUUUUUUGAGGCACGAGUUUCCUUCCUUCACUACAAUUUAUGAAUGAAUGUAUAUCAAUAGAGACAUUUUGAACAAAAAUAACUCUGAUAUAGAAUGCGGUUCAUUGAGUUUGCAACUAAUUGGAUUUUUUGAUUCAUCGCACAAUGGGACAAGAAUAAACUACCUUUUGCUUCAAAAAAUAUAUGUUAUUGAUACUGGAGAGUUGUGAAAAAGAAAAGGCGCUCAAAUACUAAGUUGUGGUUUCACGUCGUACUUCAAUGUGAUAUAUUCAUAUUUGAAACAUCUACAACCAUAUCACUCUGGUGAAAAUUUUCUCAAAUUGCAGUACAUUUGUGAAUAGACCGGCACUUUUCUCGUGUGAAAUGGGAUGAAGUUAAAUUUUCCGAAAUUUUGUCAAAGUUCAGUACUGAUUAAAGUUGAAGUUAUGUACUCUCGAUUAGCAAGUAGCGAGUAAUAAGUAUCAAUAUCAAUUAUCUAUGACGGCUAUCAUUGGUGUGACCGCCAGAGGGCGCUGAGGAUCAAGAGAUCAAUAGCUGUUAAACAGCUAACUAGGUGCCUAAAAGAUAUAUGUUUGAUUUUGGCUUGUUUUGGUAAUUUUCAGUUUGUUUUGCGAGGUUUUGACAUAUAAAUUGGGUGUGAUUAACAUGCCCCAUAUUGAUCGGGACGUCUAUGAUGCGUACGUAGCUCCGAUCACCAAUUUCUAAAUGAUGAACAAAUUAUCCAAAUGACAUAUCAAGUGUUUGGAAAUUAUUAGGUUAGGUUGCCCCUCAUUUCUUCUCUCUGUGUUCUGCGAUAAGCCAAUCGGUGGUAAUUUACGCAGUGGAUAAUAGUUAUGGAAUAAUAAUAAUUGUCACUUCCUGUUGUUACUUGCCCAUCUAGCGUGCAUAAAUUCAUCUUUACAGUUUUUAUUAUGGCCGACAGUGAGCGUUGUUGACUGCAAUGAUCUUGUUCCGAGGAAGUGCGGACUACUUUCUGACAAAACUACAAAAGUAAUCACCAAGUUUGAAAUUGUUGACACAUUAAAAGACCGAUGAUGGUACUGACGCCACACCACAAAAAAUAUUGAAAAAUGUGUCCCCAGGUCUAUAUCACUGAAAACAAUUAUUUUUGGACUUUGAAAUUCCACAGAACAGAAAGUAAGGUUUUAUUACCUAUAUAAAAACUGCAGAAAUGCCAAACCCAGUUUGUACUGGAGAAAGUUAUUUGCCGAUUGAGAAAGAGUAAAAACCGAUAAAUUAUACUGUUUAUGAUAUCGUGAAUUCUUGACAAAAUAAUAACUUUGAGACAAAAGAUCUAUACGAUAAUUUGAUAAAAAAGAAUUCAAUAGAGAUGGGUACUCUUAUUUCAUCCCUCAAGAAUGUGAUGAACAUUUUCAAAAAUAAAAUAGAUUAACAUAUUUUUUGAAAACGGGAUGAGUCAAUUCUAAUCAUACCAAAAGAAUUACCAUUUUUGAUCUGUGAUUAUGCAAGAAAUAAAAAAAAAUCCCAUUUGUUGCACCACUAAUGGAUCACACUGUAGAAUGAACGACUUCUACAUACUAUGUUUCAGAUAAUACACGCGUUUAUUUACUUUUUGACACGAUAAUGUUUUUAAUUAGACCAAGUGAUUUCAAAUGUACAUAUUAGACGUAUUCCAUUAAUUUAUUGAGAAAACAUGUAGGUUUAUAAUGUAAACAGAAAGUUCAGUGUACGUGAAUUCAAUGGACAACUAUAAUAGAAAUAUUUUCAGAUGUGAAAUUUAGCAAAGGUCACGUAAGAGUUCCAGUUUAACAUAUUCACUAUCACAUUUAUGUGGAAUUAGAAUGAUUCUUGAUGUCUGUGUUUCAUAUAAAUAAUUAUGGUUGUGAAUUUUAAGCGAGAGAACCAAAUUUAUUUGAGUAGGGAAAAAUAACAUGUAUAUUGUAUAGUUACAACACCUAUAUUAGGUAAAACUAGAAUAGUAUAAUCGAAACAACUUUUUUUAAUAGUAAUAAAUAUUUUAC